GCAGCUUGCUCUCAAAUGAGAGGUAAUUCCUUUUGUGCUGAGGUGGAUAAAAUCUCACUGCACACAGCCUACUACUUCAGUGCCCUCAAGAAUUCUGUGGUGUACGAACCUCCUCUCCAAGAAAAGAAAAUGCAGAGAAGACUCACCACUCGGCAGGCCUUGGAAAUGAUCCUGAGUGAAGUAAACCCUUGUGACUCAGAUGGAGAAGACAUAGAACUUCAGCCGGAUUCGGACUCAGAGCUGUCUGAUCUGUCUUCAGAUGAGGAGACUGCUCCUCAACCAAAAAAGAGAGCCCGUUUGGGGACUGACCUGACAGAGACAGCGAAAGAUGGCACAGUGUGGCGUGAAGAACAGGUGGGGACGCGUCUCCCUUUCACCCCAAUCAAAGCGUACGCUGCAGAUGGAGAGCCAAUGGCUAAGGCCAGGAAAAGUAUCUCGAGUCGCCUUCAGAGCUUCCUGUGUUUCAUCACUCUUGACAUGCUUCAUAGCAUUCAAGAAUGGACUAUUCAACAUGCACAGCAAAAGGAGCAUGUUCACUGGUUCAUGGCCCUCCCUGAACUAAUGGCAUUUAUUGCAAUUGUCAUCUUGCGGGGGCUUACCAAGGUUUCAUCACUACGUGACUGCUGGUCAGCAAACCUGGGAAACCCACAUAUCAUUAGAACAAUACCGCAGAAAACUGCUUCCAAGACAUCAUGCGACACCUACGCUUUGAUGACAGGUCCACCCGGAGUGAUCAACCGGAAAACCACCAUCCUCGGCACAGUCAACAAGAUUCGCCGGGAAAUCCCUCAAUCCGCUAGACACACAGAUCGCAAUGAAUUAACCACUCAGGUGGUUUUCAACCACUGCUGCUACGCUGACGGCGAAGCCAAACACUGUCACCCUUUACAACACCACAAAGUGCGGCGUGGAUGUGAUGGACCAGAUGGUGCGGGAGUCACUGUCCGCACAGGGACACGGCGCUGGCCAGUUGCCAUGUUCUAUAACAUGAUUGACAUGGCAGCACUGAAUGCACAUGUGCUGUAUCAAGCAUGCACCGGAAGGCAGGAAAGAUGGGUGGACUUCCUGGUGGAGCUUGCAAGAGAGUUGGCUAACUCUCAUAUGUGUGCGAAGAAGGCAAGAAAAGAACAAUUGCUCUCGGACACAACCCUCCACACUAGCCCUGGAAAAAGAGCCAUGUGUCAGGAGUCAAACACCAAUGCAAGAACAAUCAUGCAACUGUGCGAAGUGUUCACUGCUACAGAUACACAUGUGGUUGUGGUUAACUGA